AGUGUAGUUCAGUUUUCUCCAACAUGGCUGCGCCCAGAUGAGGUGGUAUGUGAGUAUUCACCCCGGCUUUCUGGAGCUACAGUGGGGAGAUUGGUGACGGAGAGAGCACCCGCUAGAGUAGAGAGACUGGUGACCCGUGAAAACUCGGUCUGAGUAGAGGCAAAGGUUUGUUUCUUGCUGGCGAGCGCGAUGAGCUUAAGUCGCUGCUUUCCGGUGUCCAUCUCUUCCGGUCUCAUCUCUCCGCUUAGCCCGCAUGGAGCUGAGAUCCUCGGGAAGGGGCGGGGGUGGCCUGGGUGGCUCUCUGUUGCGAUCCGUGGGCGGUUGGGUGUCUUUGCGUUGGGUGAUUCUGUCAUGUUUCAGGUGCAGGUGCUUUUGUGGUGUCUGUGUCAGUAUUCUGCUUCUUUGGAGUUGACGAGCUGUUGCAAACUUGGGCAUGUUAGGCGUUUCUGGGGCUUUUUUGAGCGGCGUCAAUCCGGUGAAGCAAGGUCAUUGCAGGUGGCCGGAUCGCUAACACCCCGAGUUCUCGUGUGCUAGUAUUUGAGUAAUCCCUGCCAUCUUUGGGCCCCUGGUGGUAUCAGCCUCUGGUUUUGACUGAUUUUAUUUAACAAGCAUUUCUUCAGUGUCUGCUGUAUGAGAGGUACUCUACAAAUGGCUGUUGUUAGCUGCCAUCGAGUCAGCUCGGACUUACGGCGACUUUAUAUAAAAAAAUUUUAUACAACAUAAUAAACCUGUUGCCCAGUCCUGCAUCAUCCUUACAGUCACCAGCAUGUUGGGAGUCCGUCAUUGUAGCUACUGUGCCAACCCACUCAUCUCACCGAGGCCUCCUACACCCUCUUUAAACUGACAGCAGGGUCAACCCAUGGUGGACAGGUUUCAGGGGAGCUUCCAGGCUAAGACAGACUGGAAAGAAAGGCCUGGCAAUCUGCUUCCAAAAAUCAGCCAAUGAAAAUCUUAUGGAUUACAACAGAACAUUUUCUGACUUGCUGUGGAAACGUCAUCAGGAGGGCUCAGUCUCUGGAGAAGUAUACCAUGUUUGGUGAAAUAAGAGGGCAGACGAGGGCGUGGGAGACCCUGGGUGACAUGGAUUGGCACAGUAGCUAUAAUGAUUGACUGGGACAUGCUGGCAAUUGUGAGGGUGAUGCAGGACCAGGCAAGGUUUUGUUCUGUUGUAUAUAUAAGGUCGCCCUGAGUCGGAGUUGACUCUAUGGCAGCUAUCAAGAACAAACAUAUUAACAAGCAAGUAGCAGAGUGUGUGCGAUAAUUUCAUUAAUCCCACAGAGACUGUGUUUAGAGUGGACAUGACCAGACUGGACUCAGCAUGAGUCGUAUUCUAGUAAAUGGUGACGUCAUUCCUGUAUCAUCCUAUAAGACUCCCAUGACAUGACAAGGAGCAUCCAAACGUUUGUGCAACAGUGGAAACUUCCUGGUCCGGGAAGUGGUCUUGUUGUAGAAGGGGAACCUCCAGAGCUCAGCAACUUCUUUCAGCUGGUUCUUUUGUUGAGAUGACUCAGAUCUGCUGGGCCAGGGCAUUGCCAAAGCACUGAAACAGGGAAGAGAAGGGUCUCCAGGGCUAUCUGCAUUUGUCUUUUUUCACAUGCUGUAAUAUUGCAUGACUGAGGGAGAGAGAAGGGAAAGGGGAUGAUAAAAAUGUGGUUGUAAGGCGCCAUCUGCUGGUAGCUGCACUUUUAGUGGCAGACUUUUAAAAAGAUGUAUUCAACAUCUUUCCUUUCUCAUUUCUUCCACUUUGCAGUCUUUGCUCUGUGAAAUAUUAAGAAAAUGUUCUAUAGGGCACUCAUCUCUUGUUCUCCUUCCCAUACUGCAAAGUUGCUGUUCCAGAGAUGGUGAUCUUGGAAUGGAUGGCUAUAAAAAGUCCUCAGCUUUUCUUGUCUUCUUAAACCAUUCUGAUCUGGCUGUUCUGAAAAUUAGCCCUAAUACAGUAAUAGAUGCAUUUUAUCCUCCUAACAAAGGUAUGAGAUAGGCACUAUUAUUAUACCAGUUUUACAGAUGAAGAAACUGAAGCACAGAGAUGAGAACUAACUCAACAGGUUCAUACAACUAAUAAGUGGUAGACCUGAGAUUUGACUCCUAACUGCUGUGUUAUAUUGCCUCAUAGCACCGAGGUUCUGGGGAAACUAAUAAAAGUAUGAUUUAAUCCCUGUCGUCAAAGCACUGGUAGAGUAUUGCAAGGCAACAGACAUUAGAAUAAAUAAUUACAAUUAGUGCUAUGUUAGAAAUAUCCGUUCAGCUAUCCCCUUCCUGUCUAGUGAUCACUUCAAAACCUGUCUGUAAUCUCAGUCUCUCUCCUGAGAGCCACUUCGUAUUGUCAUCUACUAGCCAGACAUUGCAACUGUAGAUCUCACUAGUAGUUCAUCUAUAAUAUAUCCUAAAUCUGACUCAUUACCUCCCUUACAGAGCAGCUCAUCCUGACUUUCCAGUUUUGAAAUGACAUCACUAGUCUCUUAGUCACUCAGGCUCCAACCUAGAAGUCAUCUUUGAUUUCCCUCUCCUCACUUCUGGGUAGUCAUCAAGGCCGAUUGAUUCUACAUGACUCCUGCCUUUGCUUUCUUCCUGUUGCCUCUACACUAGAUCAGGCCAGCAUUUCCACUUGUCAAGCUGGAUUACUGCAGGUCCCCAUGCCUCUCAUCUCCCUUCUGUGCUCUCCAGCCAGCUUACUUUCCCAGCCUUAGCGCCUGUCAUGCACUCUGUGUGCUAGUUAGGCUGGACUGGCUGUCUCUUCCAUAGGCCUGGCAUUUUCCUUCUCUUGAGAUUUGUGAUUAGAGUUUUGCCUGUCUUGUUUGUGAGGUGUUUUGGAAUAUGAUUUAACUCUCUACAUUCAGUUUGUAACUUUGAAGACUUUAAAAAGUGUGCGGAGAGUGGGACCAUUGGGUUAGCAAACGCUGUGCUCUGAAAACUAUGCUUACCUCCUCUGUCUUUGCCAGACUUGUCCAUUUUUCUUUGUAGCUUCUGUUCUUUAUAGCUUUACUGCAUAUUUUCUUUCCAUAUGACUCCAUAUUCUUCUUAUCCUUCAGUAUUCAGCCAGAUUCUCUUCUGUUUUGAAGUCUUCCUAAGCUUUUCCAGUUUUUUUUUUUGUCUCUAAUUCACGUCACACCUAAAUACUGUGCUAUUAGCACUUAAUUGUGUAAACCAGUUGCCGUUGAGUCGAUUCUGACUUGUGGCAACCCUAUGUGUGUCAGCUAGAACUGUUCUCCAUAAGGUUUUCAGUGGCUGAUUUUUUGGAAAUCAAUAGCCAGACCUUUUCCCAGGUGUCUGUAGGUGCACUCCAGCCUUACAGUUAGUAGCUCAAUGUGUUAACUGUAUUACCAAGAUGUGUCAUACUCUUUCAUUGUUUAGUGUUUUUCUGUUUUCCUGAAGUAUAUGUGUAUUUCUAAACACAUAUAGACUUACUUUUAGAUUUCAGACUUUAUGUAAAUGGAAUCAUACUGUGUGUGUGUAUACAUACAAUAUGAGAUAUAUAUAUACCCACACACACGCACGCACACAUGUACACAUAUGUACACAUAUCUAUUAGAUUUGGUCCUAACAGUGUAUUUGUGAAAUUUGUGGUAUGUUGUCAUGGAUUGAAUUGUGACCCCCCCCCCUCCAAUUUGUGUCAACUUAGCUAGGGAAUGAUUCCCAGUAUUGUGAGGUUAUCCUCUGUUUUGCGAUCUGAUGUAAUUAUUCUAUGAGUAUAGAGACCUGGUGGCACAGAGAUAAAGAGCUCAGCUGCUAACUGAAAGGUUCUGGCAGUUUGAAUUCACCAGCUCCUCCUUGGAAACCCUAUGGGACAGUUCUACUCUAUCCUGUAGGGUCUCUAUGAGUCAGAAUCAACUUGAAGGCAAAGAGUUUUUUUGUAAAUCCUAACGUCUAUGGUGUUAAUGAGGCAGGAUUAGCAGCAGCUAUGUUAAUUUUUUUUAUGUUAAUUAGGCAGGACACAUUCUAUAGGAUUAGGUUGUAUUUUGAGUCAAUCUCUUUUGAGAUAUAAAAGAAAGAAGCAAGCAGAGAAGAGAGGGACCAUCUACUACAAGAAAGAAGAGCUGGGAGCGGAGCAUGUCCUAGGACUUGGGGUCCCUGCACUGAGAAACUCCUAGACCAGGGGAAGAUUGAUGAUAAGGACCUUACCCAGAACUGAGAGAGAGAGAAGGCCUUCCUAUGGAGCUGGAACCCUGAAUUCAGACUUAUCGCCUUCUAAACUUAUUGCUAUGGAUGGCAACCAUCAAAGUGAUCACAAACACAGUAAAACUGAGAAGAAGUUCUUAAGGAAACAGAUUAAAGCCAGGCAUACUUUGCUGAGACACGAAGGCAUUGAGACAGUGUCCUAUGCCACUCAGAUCCUGGUUGUUGCCAAUGGUGGCUUGGGUAAUGGUGUGAGUAGGAACCAACUGCUCCCUGUUUUGAAGAAAUGUGGACUGGUGGAUGCUCUCUUGAUGCCACCUAAUAAGCCCUACUCAUUUGUGAGAUACAAAACUACGGAAGAAUCCAAGAAAGCCUAUAUUUCACUCAAUGGAAAAGAGAUAGUAGGUGAUGUAGGACAAAAGAUCAUUCUCUACUUGAAUUUUGUGGAAAAAGUACAGUGGAAAGAGUCGGGGCAUCAAGCCUUACCUCCAGGCCUUAUGGUAGUAGAAGAAAUUAUUUCUCCUGAGGAUGAAAAAAUGCUUUUGGAAAGCAUUAAUUGGACAGAAGGUAAUGUUCAAAAAUCUUUAAAACACAGAAGAGUAAAGCAUUUUGGCUAUGAAUUCCACUAUGAGACCAACAAUGUAGAUAAAAAUAAGCCAUUACCUGGGGGUCUUCCUGAGAUUUGUGAUAGCAUUUUGGAGAAAUGGUUGAAGGAAGGUUACAUUAAACAUAAACCUGAUCAGUUGACCAUAAACCAGUAUGAACCUGGUCAUGGAAUUCCUGCUCAUAUUGACACACAUUCUGCUUUUGAGGAUGAGAUCAUUUCUCUCAGUUUGGGGGCAGAGAUUGUCAUGGAUUUUAAGCACUCAGAUGGUGUCACAGUACCAGUCAUGCUGCCUCGUCGGAGUUUGCUCGUGAUGACAGGAGAAUCUAGAUACCUUUGGACACAUGGGAUCACACCUAGAAAAUUUGAUACUGUUCAAGCAUCUGAGAGUCACAAAAGUGGAAUUAUCAUCAGUGAUGUUGGAGACCUAACUUUAAGCAAGAGGGGAAUACGAACGUCAUUCACAUUUAGAAAAGUGAGACAAACACCUUGUAAUUGUAAUUACCCCUUAGUCUGUGACAGCCAGAGAAAAGAGGCUCCCCCCUCAGUUCCAGAGAGCGAUAGAGAAGCCACACAGCUGGAGCAGGAGUAUGUCCAUCGAGUUUAUGAAGAGAUUGCUGGGCAUUUCAGCAGCACGAGACACACUCCUUGGCCGCGUAUCGUGGAGUUUUUAAAAGCUUUGCCGAGUGGUUCAGUAGUGGCUGAUAUUGGAUGUGGAAAUGGAAAAUAUCUUGGCAUUAAUAAAGAAUUACAUAUGAUUGGUUGUGACCGUAGCCAAAACCUCGUGGCCAUCUGUAGGGAGAGGCAAUAUCAGGCCUUUGUCUGUGAUGCGUUGGCAGUACCAAUCCGCAGUGAGUCUUGUGAUGCCUGUAUCUCCAUUGCUGUUAUUCACCAUUUUGCAACAGCAGAGCGUAGAGUGGUCGCUGUCCGAGAACUUGUUCGACUCCUGAGACCCGGUGGGAAGGCACUUAUUUAUGUCUGGGCAAUGGAACAAGAAUACAACAAGCAGAAGUCCAAGUAUCUUAGAGGAAACAGAAAUAGCCAAGGAAGGAAAGAGGAGAUCAGCAGUGAUGCGUCAGUGCAGGAGUCACCGGUGGAGCAAACGCCUGACGUGGGCAAUCAAGGUUCAGCAUGUUCUGUUCCCUCCAUUAGUGACUUUCAGGAGGGCGGCUGUAAUUCAAGUAAAUUCACUAAUUCUAAACUGCCUAUUCACACUAACAGGACUUCUUUUCAUUCUCAAGACUUAUUGGUUCCCUGGCACCUUAAGGGAAACCCUGCUAAAGACAAACCUGUUGAGCAGUUUGGCACAGUAGGAUCCCAUGACCCAAGUCCUGUGUUUCAUCGUUACUACCAUGUAUUCUGUGAGGGAGAAUUGGAAGCCACCUGCCAGACUUUGAGUAAUGUCAGCAUUCUGCAAAGCUACUAUGAUCAGGGAAACUGGUGUGUGAUUCUUCAAAAGCUCUGAUCAUCUGCAUAAAUAUAUCAUGUGUGGGGAAGAAAUGCUCAGUUGUUUGUUUUUAAUAGGAAACUGAGCUAACUAUCUUUUUAGUUAAAGAGAAAACUUGUGGGGAAGUACCAAAGAAGAGCUUUGAGAAAUCUGGAAGUAGAGAUUAGUUAGGAGACAUUCAGUCUGCUACUGUUGCUGACCUCAUUCCACCCAUAAAUGCAGGCUCCUCCUGUAGGGUUUGAUCACUGUUUUCCUCAGAGGAACAGAGAUGGUUUCGAAAAGUGAUCAAAGUAGUUUGUGAAUUGUUUGGGAUCUGUGGAUAAAAAUACAGCAUUUUGAAAAUAAACUUUUGUUAUAAAAUGU